AUGCUCGGCUGUGUCGCUGGCCACGUUGUAGAACAAGUCCCACGCCCCCUCAGAAUUGAUUUCACUUUAUAUGUCGCUAGAUCACUGUCGCGCGGUUCGUCAAUCAGUGCCGCAGAGAACAUCACCACCGAAUGCCUCCAGCUUGUGGAUGGAACCUUAGUUGAACAGGAUGCUAGCCGAACUGUCGAGUUUGAUUUCAACAAUGGCAACAGAAAUGUUACUUCUUUAUCAGUGACAUUGCUCUAUCUCCUCACCAUCCAGAACUCGACAAAUGUGCCCAAGAUCGGAACAUGCGUCCACGCUUCUGGUGACAGCUUUCCGACUGGGGAUUUUGCUUUGUUACCUGAAAGCCAGACAGCCGCCCGGGGGAGUCAGCUCCAUGUCAUGCGGCAGUUGUCAUCACUUCUGAUGAUGGUGCUGUCCGGCGUGCCACUCUCCACACAGUUAGCAGAUACAAAUUCACGUAUGUGGCACCUAUACAGGCCGCAAACGGGUUCUGGCUCACCAGUUCAAGCCUGA